GCGUCAUGGAGGGCUGAACCCGCCAGCCUGGUUUUGUUCCCGGUCGUGACGCGCCGGCUGCAGCCAGGAAAAUCCGCUCUUUUUUUUCUCCCUCUCCUCACAAUGCAAGCCUCCCUCGCGCGCCUCGCCGCCCGCUCCGCGCGAUCGCUGCGCGCCGCCGCCGAGACAAUCCCUUCGACGUCCAUCAAGGUCCUCCGCCUCGUCGACGCUGUGCGAACAUGGCGCAAGCCUCACAUGACAAACAUGCGCUCCGUCGGCCUCGUGCCCACGAUGGGAGCCCUGCACGAGGGCCACUUCUCGCUCAUCCGCGCCGCCGCCCGUGAGAACCACCACGUCGUCGUCAGCAUCUACGUCAACCCGGCCCAGUUCGGCAUCAGCGAGGACCUCGCCUCGUACCCCGUCACCUGGGAGACGGACGUCGCCGCGCUGGCCCGCCUCGACCGCGAGUUCGCCGACGACGGCGCAAACCUGGGCCGCAUUUCGGCCGUCUUCGCGCCCCCCACGUCCGAGAUGUACCCCUCCGGCUUCCCGGGGCAGGAGGUUGACAGCAAGGGCAGCUUCGUCACCAUCACGCCCGUGGGCGAGGUCCUCGAGGGCGCCAGCAGGCCGACCUUUUUCCGCGGUGUCGCCACCGUCUGCAUGAAGCUCUUCAACAUUGUUCAGCCUGACCGCGUCUACUUUGGGCAGAAGGACGUCCAGCAGACCGUUGUCAUCAAGCGCAUGGUUCGCGACUUCAUGGUCCCCACAGACGUCGUCGUCUGCCCGACCACCCGCGAACCCGAUGGCCUCGCCCUGAGCUCGCGCAACGUCUACCUCGGUCCGCGCCGCCGCCGUGUGGCCGUUGUGCUGAGCAAGGCGCUGCGGGCCGCCCAGGAACAGUACGAUGCCGAAAAGUUGAACCGCAGCGAUAUCCUUGGGGCGGCGAACCAGGUCGUCGAGAGCGUGCUGCGAGAGCAGAUGCAGCUCCCGCCUUCCCAGCGGGUUACGUACGAGGUCGACUACAUCUCCCUGGCUGACCCGGACACGCUGCAAGAGGUGGACUCUGUCGACUCGACAAAGGGGGCUGUCCUCAGCGGCGCCAUCAAGAUGAAGCCCGUCGAGGAGCCUCAGGAGGGCGAGGACCUGGGACACUCUGGUGGACCGGCGGUAAGACUGAUUGACAAUAUCAUUCUGGCGCCUAAAGUCGAGUGAAAGAUUACGAUUGAUGAACAAGUACAGUUAGUAGGAUUCUAAAAGAAGAGCAUGGUAAAACAGGGACAAUUUUAUACUAUAGAGAUGUAACUAUUCAUGGCAGGUGAAAACGGAGCUGCUGAUGCGCGCAAGCUCUUGUUGCAUCUUGCUCCUUUUUGUGUACAUAUAGCAUCAACAUUAUGGGGUCACAAAUGCGCCCUCCCCUCCAACGUCCUCCUCCUCCUCGCACUCCUGACAUUCAGAUCCACCGCCUCCUGCUCCUCCUUGCUCAGCCUACUCGGCACCUUGGCCUUGCCCCCCUUCUUCUCCGCCUCCUCCGCCUCCUCAAAGAGCUUCCUGCCCAGGUCAUCCGUCAGCCGCAGCACGCGGCUGGCCACUGUCGCCCCGUCACGCCGAUUCUUG